GAUCGACACAACUGUCAGUCGGUCAGUGAAGCUAGCUUCAGUGGGCGUCGCUAGCCUGCUGCUGGUUUACUAACGUUACUUAACGUGAAACCGGACGAGCUAGCUAAUCUCUCAGAUUUAGCUAAUUUUCAUCGUGUAAACGUAGAGACGUCCACGUUAUGGGAAGUCUGUUUGACGUGAUGAUGCACUGGCAGACAGCGUUUGUUUAACGAUUUCAUUUCUCGUUUACCUUCUCAUUUUCGAAACCGCUGUCCUCUUUGACAGCUAAACGCCGGACUAUUUCCUAUAGCGAAGCGUUAGCCGCGUGUGUCCAAAUCCACGUUUUCAUGCGCGGUUAGCUUUUACCAUAUUGUUCAGUUAGCCACCUGUCAUCAUGCCAAGUAGGACCAUCAACAGCCAGACUGCCGCAGAUGGAUAGAUAGAGAUAUCCAGCAUAUCCAUCUCAGAAGAUGGAGAACAACCACCAAGUGCUGCUGUGGGUCACGGCCACAUGCAUGACGACUGUCACCACGGGCACGCAGGCCAUUCUCACAGUCACGGGCCGAGGGCAGCGCACCCAUUCAUGACGGCUUUUCACGGGCAGUUCAGCAAAGGAGCAGAUCAGGCGAUGAACCUCAGUCAGCAGCCGAAGAAACGCUCGCACAUGGACGACAGCAGCAGCUGGGACGUAGUGAAGGCAACGCAGUUCGGUAUCUUGGAGCGCUGUAAGGAGCUGGUGGAAGCAGGAUAUGAUGUCAGGCAGCCAGACAAAGAGAACGUCACUCUGCUGCACUGGGCAGCCAUCAACAACCGCUUGGAGCUGGUCAAGUAUUAUAUUUCUAAAGGGGCGAUAGUUGACCAGCUCGGAGGAGACCUGAGCUCCACUCCUCUUCACUGGGCCAUAAGGCAGGGGCACCUCCCCACGGUGAUCCAGCUGAUGAGAUACGGAGCAGAUCCAUCCAUCGCGGACGGAGAAGGUUACCGCGCUCUCCACCUUGCCAUCCUCUUCCAGCACAUGGCCAUAGCAGCGUAUCUAAUGGCUAAGGGACAGGAAGUCGAUGGGCCUGACUGCAACGGACAGACACCGCUGAUGUUAGCAGCUCAGAAGAUUAUUGGCCCUGAACCUACAAACUUCUUAAUCAAAAAUGACGCCUCUGUGAGUGCCGUGGACAAAGUGAACAGGAACACUCCCCUGCACUGCGCUGUGCUGGCAGGAAACGUAGAUGCCGCCCACAUCCUGCUGGAGGCGGGAGCCAGUGUCGAUGCAGAAAACAUCAACGGUCACACUCCCAUCGACUUGGCCCACCAGGUGCACAGCCCGUUGCUCGUCCACAUGCUCAACCACAUCAAGCAGGAGAGGAUUCGCUCCAGCUCGCGCUGCCUGCGGAUCAUCAACAGAUACAGGGUCUUUCUGCAGUUUUUGCUCUGCACUGCCAUGUUUGGAAGCGUGGGCGCCAUAAUCGAUAUGAACUCGGAGUCCUGGCUGCUCAAAGGGAUCCUGCUGGCCUGUGUGAUCGGUGUGAUCAAUUUGGUCUCGAGGAACUUCCCAAGUCCAGCCUUUCGGGCCCUCCUGCCUGCUACGUCUCUCAUGGCUUCAGUCUUCUGGAUGCUCGUCACCUGGUGCCUCUGGUUCCUGCCAGAUGGGCCCAGCGCCACAGUUCAGGUCUUGUUCACCCUGAAUGCCACCGCUCUGCUCUACUACUACCUCCGCACCUGCAGGACCGACCCGGGCUUCGUCAAGGCAACUGAAGAGGAGAAGAAAAUGAAUGUGCUGGUGUUGGCUGAAGCCGGCUGUCUGGACCCCAGAAUAUUCUGCACGUCUUGUAUGACAAAGAAACCAAUGAGGACGAUCCACUGCUUCUUCUGUGACGCCUGUGUGGCGAAGCAGGACCACCACUCCGUCUGGACCAACGGCUGCAUCGGUGCGAGGAACCAUCACUACUUCGUCCUCUUUCUGUUCUCCCUCAUGAUGAUGGGAGCCUGGAUGUUCUACGGCUGUCUUGUGUACUGGUCGACUCGCUGCGUGCUGCGAUAUGAGGAGCAGGGCGUGUGGGGCGUGGCCUCCGCCCUGGUCAGCUGCUCUCCCUGGCUGCUCAGCAUCUUCCUGGUGGCCUUCUAUCACAUCUGCUGGUCGAGUUCGAUCCUGCUGCUGCAGCUCUACCAGAUUGCCUUCCUGGGACUGACCACAGCGGAGCGGACGAACCUGACACUCCACCAGAGGAAACUCCGACAGUCCGUCUCCCUGCGACAGAAUCCGUACAACUUGGGCGUGGUGCGGAACCUGGUUUCCUUCUUCCAGCUGCGUUGUUGUGGCCUCUUCAAACCGGCCAUCAUCGACUGGACGCAGCAGUUUCCGCCCGGCCGCGACCAGUCAAUGUUCGGACACGCCGACAUGGUCUGACCUCCCUGCCACCCCUCGCUCAGACUCAAGGGUCAGACUCUCAGAGUGGUCCUGGACCAAAAGCACAAAGUGUAUUUAUUUAUUUUGUUUUUUAAUCGUUUGGCUUCUUGAGAAGAGAGCCCUCGAAGUUGGGAGAACCCAAAGCGUUGCUGAGAUAUUGUUCGAAUUGCUCUUUGUACAGACUGCUGCUGCCUUAUACUUGACCAAUGUAAGUGAAAUGAAAAUCACUAAAGUUUAAAUUUGGAUAACAAACCUUUAUAGGCCUAAAUUGUAAUUGAAGUUUUCAGAGGUUUUUUUUUUAAGGAACUCAUCAAGUCUAUUUUUUAUCAUCUGUUCUGGGGAAAAAAGAUCUUUGUACGUGUAAACAGUUGAUUUUUUUGGCCUUUUGUAAGAAUUGCAUGUGUUUAAUAACAAAUGACCACUAUAGUACUUCAAUAAAGUAAUGUUGUGCCUGUC